AUGAAACCCAGUACAGUGUUCUCAGCUCUUGCAGCCUUCUUCCUCGCUGGUGUCCACGCCCAGUCUGUCGAGGCCCCAAUCCCGGGCUAUGGAGUUCAGGACUUCUCCUGGGAAGUUGAGACUACUCCCGGAGGCGAGAAGGUGGUUCUGAACGGCACGAUCCAAGAGGUCUACACUGAGCUGCUCAAGAUCAACCCGCGUUAUGACGGCGAUUUUGCUGAAAGGAGAAUUGAAGAAGGCAUUCGUUACUUGCACAGUGUGCCGGGCCAGCCCACCAAUGGACCUGGUCCCGGAAACUGCGGUCGAGUAAGCUGUUCGUAUAACUCCGCUAUUUGGUGGUGCAACGAUAACACAUCGCCCAAGACGCUUCCCGGAUUUUACAAUAUCGCACAAGGUGCUCAGGUGGUUAUUAACCAGUGCGACCCAACUGGUGUUUAUGUUUCCGGGGAGGAGAAUCAUGCCGAUAAGUGGAGGGCUGUCGUUCGGUAUAAUGUCUGCUAG